CGGGUCUCCAGGAUUCCUUCCUGCGUGCUCCCCAGGGAUCGGUGCCUGUACCUGGGCUGAGUCUGGUGGAUGGAGUCCCGGUCCAGAUGAGGAGGCCGAUGCCUGGAGAGUUCACCAGCAUCCGGCCCCUCCCUGCUCCCGGUGCUCAUUCCCACUUGCUACCAGGUGUCCCCCAGCCCUUCCUCCCCCGCUCCCUCCCCCUCCAGCAGCACAGCAUCAUGGGACAGCCCUACAUAGAGCUCCGCCACCGCGCCCCUGAGAACCGCCUGAGGCUGUCCUUUUCUCUCCCCGAGGCCCCGCCGCCGCUGCACCCCAGAGACCCCCAGCCGUCCCCGCUCAGACCCCCGCCGCUGGGCCAGCACAUGGUGAUGGACCAGCUGAACCACCACCAGCAGCACUUCCACGAGUCCACUGAUGGGAUGGAGGAGCACCUGGAGGGGGAGGACUCUGCUGUGAAGGACCUGGAGGACGUGGAGGUGAAAGAUCUGGUGGACCUGAACCUGAACCUGGACCCUGAAGACGGUAAAGAGGACCUGGAUCUGGGUCCUAACGACCUCCACCUCGACGACUUCCUGCUGUCGGGGAAGUUUGACCUGAUCGCCUACGCCGACCCCGAGCUCAAUCUGGAGGACAAGAAGGACAUGUUCAACGAGGAGCUGGACCUGGGGGAGCCGGUGGAGGAGAAGGACGGCGGCGGGGCCAGAAAGACCGAUAGCCACGCCUUCCUGUUAGGCCAGGUCAAACAGGAAGUACAGGACGGCGUCAAGACGGAGGCCAGGGACGGGCUCUCUGCAACCCAGCACCCUGCACCACAACCUGGGGUCGGCUUCACCACCAGCAGACCCCCCGGAGCUCAGGGGGGCGAGGCAGCAGGCUCCAGCCAGCCAUCCCUCCAGAAGGUGAAGGACUGUGGUUCUGCUUCAGGGGCCUUACCGGCUCUCCAGACCCAGGAACAGGCUCCGAUGUCGGGCAUGGCACCCAGGGUUCUCCCCCCCAUGGCUGGUCAACAGUCCGUCUUCCAGCAGCAGCAGAGACCGUUUGGACCGUCCCCGUCGGCUCUCUUCACCCCCCACCCUCAGGGUCACCCCGGUCUGACCCCCCAAGGUUACCCCAGUCUGACCCCCCAGGGCCCUCCUGUCCCGCCUCACCCACGGUCCCUCCAACCCUCCCAGCCUCGCCUCCUCCUCCUGAACCCCCAGACCCAGCUUCCACACCCGGGGACCUCCAACCAGACCCAGACCCAGACCCAGACCCAGACCCAGACCCAGACCCAGACCCAGAGCCAGGCCAUCUUCCCCCAGAAUCUGGACCUGGACCUGGACUUGGACCUGGACCUGGACCAGAACCAGCAGAGGCAUCUGCUCUUGGAGGAGCAGCCGCUACUCCUGCAGGACCUCCUGGACCAGGAGCGCCAGGAGCAGCAGCAGCAGAAACAGAUGCAGGCCCUGAUCAGACAGAGGUCCACCCCAGACCCCGUGUUACCCAAUAUAGCAGACUUUGACUCCAUCGCCGACCCCAUCAUGAAGGCCAAGAUGGUGGCUUUGAAGGGCAUCAACAAGGUCAUGACCCAGAGCAACCUGGGACUCAACCCCAUGGUCAUCAACAGGUUCCAGCAGGUCCCGGUGGUCCCGGUGAUCCCGGUGGCUCCGGUGGUCCCGGUGGCCCCUGUGGUUCCGGUGGUUCCGGUGGCUCCAGGUCCAGAGGGGACUCCUCAGCCUCCUCACCUGGUGGGCCCGGACGGGAAGUUGAACCCCCAGUUGGUGCGACCCAACCCCCCCAGCUUUGGCCCGGGCUUCGUCAACGAGGCCCAGCGGCGUCAGUACGAGGAGUGGUUGGGGGAGACGCAGCAGCUCCUGCAGAUGCAGCAGCGCCUCCUGGAGGACCAGAUCGCCGCUCACCGCAAGACCAAGAAGUCCCUGUCGGCCAAACAGAGGACGGCCAAGAAGGCGGGCCGAGCCCUCACCGAGGAGGACGCCGCCCAACUCCUCAACGUCACCGAGCAGCAGGGGGCGGUGCAGAAACAGCUGGAGCAGAUUCGGAAGCAGCAGAAGGAUCACACCGAGCUGAUCGAGGACUACAGGACCAAACAGCAGAGAUCUGCAGGAGCGCCAUCCCUCCCCCAGCCCCAAAUCCAACAGCCCCCCCUCCCCCAGACCCAAAUCCUCCAGCCCCCCCUCCCCCAGACCCUGGUGUCGAUGCAGCCACGCCCGGGCGGCCCCACCGUGGCCCGUCUCCCGAACGUCCCCCCCGGGUGGACGCCAGGUGGCGGGGCCCAUCCGGGGCCGGGGGUGAUGGGGCAGAGGAUGCCUCUUCAGAUGCCCCCCGCCGCCCUGCCUAAAGCCCCCCCCCAGGCUCCCCCGCACACUCAGGCGACCACGGUGCCCGCCCUCGCCGCUCCAACAGCGGGCUUCACCGCGGCUCCCCGGGGCCCCCCCGCCGGAGGCCCCAACGGAGCAGCGGGGGACGCCCCUCCUCAGGUGAAGUUUGACGACAACAACCCGUUCAGCGAAGGUUUCCAGGAGAGAGAGAGGAGGGACCGGCUGAGAGAGCAGCAGGAGAGGCAGCGAGUCCAACUGAUGCAGGAGGUGGAGCGUCAUCGUGCACUGCAGCAGAGACUGGAGCUGGAGCAGCAAGGCAUGCUGGGAGCCUCUGUGGGUCCUGGAGCCGGAGGAGCAGCCAUGCCAACGUCUGGAGCUCUGUCAGGGGCUCGAGUCGGGGCAACAUCUGGACCAGGAGGUCCUGCGGGACCAGGAGGUGAUGGUCUGUCCCAGAUGCCCUUCUUCAGCUCUGAGCUGCCCCAGGACUUCCUCCAGUCCCCCCCAGCUGCUAGACCUCCACCACCGCACCAGCAGGCAGGCCUCCUCCAGGGGUUCACAGGAGGACCCCUGCACCCUGGAGCUCACCCAGCUCCUGCUCUACUGCCCGGCGUCACCUCAGAGCGGGUCAGGGUCCUACCUGAGCACGGGCCCCCCGUGGACGUUGCUCUGCCCUCCCUCCACGCCAGGCCGAGGCUCCCGGGCCCCGCCGGGCCCUCGGCACAGGGACAAGUACGGCCGGCGGCGUUGACCCCCUCCCAUCCUGGAGGUCAUCGAUUUGGACAGGACUCCUCCUCUUCCUCCCCGUCCUUCCCCUGCUCCUCCUCCGGAGGCCCCGCCUCCCUCAUCCAGCUCUACUCUGACAUCAUCCCUGACGACAAACCAAAGAAGAAGAAUAGCAGGAAGAGGGACGGAGACGACGCCGGGGUCGGAGGAGGAGGAGCCAGGACACCGCUGUCCUCGUACUCCGAUGACAUCACGGCUCCGCCCACUCCGGCUGUGUCUGACACUUCCUGCUCCACACCCACCCGGGGCAGCGUGGACCAAUCGGAUCUCUGCUUCUCUCUAAGCUCCGCCCUCUCCGGUCUGGCUCCAUCUUCGGAGCUGGAGAGGCAGCUGUCCGUCAUCUCUGCAGCCCAGCAGAGAGCUUCCAUCCUGGGCAUGGAGGGUCAGAGAGGUCCCCUGUCUGCAGCUCGUCUGGAGGUCAAGGAGGAGCGUGAGGAGGGAGGAGCUUGUGGAGGAGGCGUGGUGAAGAUGGAGGAGGGUGGGGGAGGUGACGGGGGGAAGGAGUUGCUCAGACACCUGCUGAAGGACAAGAUGUCCCCGGCCACCACGCCGUCACCCACCGGACAGGCCCCGCCCCCCGCCCGCCGCCAGCUGUCCAAUGAGAGCGUCCGGUCAGAGGAGGAGGACAGGCCUGGUUCCCAUGGCAACAUGGUGGCGAUGGACAGUCCAGACGUCCUGGACCCGUCCGGCAGGAAGAAGACUCAACGCUGUAAGAGACGGACGGACAAAGACAGAGCUCCUCCUAAAAACAAGAGGAGGAAGAAAGAGGAGGAGGAGAAGAUCCACUCCUCCUCCUCUUCCUCCUCCUCUGACCCGCUGAUGACUCACCUCAGACAGCUGUCGGUGCUGCCCCUCAUGGAGCCGGUCCUCAGGGUGGAUCUGAGUCUGUUCCCCCCGUUCGGCAGCUCCUCUCUGGGCCGAGACUCCAGACUGACGGGCUCCUUCGGUAACGCCUGCCUGGACGGAGUCACGGACUACUACUCCCAGCUCAUAUAUAAGCAGAACAACCUCAGUAACCCCCCCACACCUCCAGCCUCCCUGCCCCCCACACCCCCACCGGUCGCCAGGCAGAAACUGGUGAACGGCUUCGCCAGCACGGAGGAGCUGACGAGGAAGGACAUCACCGAGCAGGACGUGAAAGGUGUGAAGCAGAAGGGGGAGGGGCUCCUGGCUCUAAACCACGCCUCCAGAACGGUAGACGUUCCCGCCUCUCUGCCGACGCCGCCCCACAACAAUCAGGAAGAACUCCGGGUUCAGGACUCGUCGGGGCGCGACAGCCCGGACGGCUUCGUCCCGUCGUCGUCUCCGGAGAGCGUGGCGGACGAGGAGGUCAGCAGGUACCCCGACCUCUCCUUCAUCAAACUGGAGCCGCCCUCGCCCUGUCCCUCACCUACAAUACCCAUGAUGCCCUGCUCCUGGGGCAAAGGCUCUGCAGUGAAACAGGAAGUGAAGUCAGAGCCGACCCAUCAGGCUCCUCCCUCCUGCUCUAACACCGACCUGGUUACCAUAGCGAUAACCCUGAACCCUGUAGCAGCUCAGAAUGUAGCCGGUGUGAUGGCGGCGGUGGCGGAGCUGCUGCGGGUCCCCGUCCCCGUCGACUACCAGCUGAGCCGACCCGCCGGCCCCGAGCGCAGCGCCCUGGCCCUGCUGGCUGGAGUCCGAGUACCGCUCACACAGGGUCCAACAGGAAGUAGACCACAGAGACCUCCACCUGCUGCUGGGAACACUGGUCACAGGCCUCCGAGCUGCAGCUACUGCAAGGUGCUGCUGGGAAACGGAGUCCGCAUCGUGAAGGAGCUGAAACAGGAGGGUCCGUCCAGGUCCAGCCUGGUGUUCUGCAGUCCAAACUGCUCUGCACUCUACACAUCUGGCCUGCAGAGCAGAACAGCUGGAAACAAGGUGAGAGAGGCCGCUGUCCCCGUCUCGCCGUCCCCUCCCAGCAGAGCACAGCACCAGUACGCCAGCAACAUGUCCUCCAUCACCGUCCACUCCCUCCUCCGCUCUCCCUCCUCACCUCCUCCUCCCACCUCCUCCUCCUCCUCCUCCUCGCCACCUCUCUCCUUCCCCACCGCCUCCGUCAUCACCAUGGAGACCAGGCCCCGCAUGGACAGCCUCAAGGUGAAGGUGAAGCUGAAGCCCCGCCCCCGGGCGGUCCCUGGGGGAGAGGACUCGCUGUCGUCUCGCCACGGGAAGAGGAUGAAGAGUUGCCGCUGGAGACGCUGGAGCUUUAGUGUCACACUGAGCAGGGGCCCUUGCACCCCUAACGGGGCAGUUUCUAUGCCAACGGAGGAGGAAGUGGACGUGCUGUUGCAGAAGUUGGGGGCGUGUCUUCGUCCUGAUCCGUCACCCAAAGACCAGCGGAGGUGCUGCUUCUGUAACCAGCAGGGGGACGGGAAGACCGACGGACCGGCCAGACUGCUGAACCUGGACCUGGACCUGUGGGUCCACCUGAACUGCGCUCUGUGGUCCAGCGAGGUGUACGAGACGCAGGCCGGCGCCCUGAUCAACGUGGAGCUGGCUCUGAGACGGAGUCUGACUCUGCGCUGCGCUCACUGUCAGAGGACCGGCGCCACGAGCGGCUGCAACCGCCUCCGCUGCACCAACACCUACCACUUCACCUGCGCCCUGCAGGCCCACUGCACCUUCUUCAAGGAUAAGACGAUGCUGUGUCACCUCCAUAAGCCCAGGACGGGUCCUCUCAGCGGAGACCGGUCCUCCAGCGGCUCCCCGUCCUCCUCCUCCACUCCGGGGCCAACCCCCGACGCGGCGGCGAUGAUGGCGGUCUGUGACCCCUACGACUGCGAGCUGCGGUGCUUCGCCGUGUUCCGACGGGUGUUCGUGCAGCGGGACGAGGCGCGGCAGAUCGCCGCCGUGGUGCAGCGCGGCGAGCGGCAGCACACCUUCCGGGUCGGCGGCCUGCUGUUCUGCGCCAUCGGCCGGCUCCUCCAGCAGCAGAUGAGGGCCUUCCACAACAAGACCGCCAUCUUCCCCAUCGGUUACCAUGCCAACCGCAUCUACUGGAGCAUGCGCCACAGCAACAGACGCUGUAAGUACAUGUGCUGCAUCGAGGAGGAGGAGGGCCGGCCGCUGUUUAAGGUGAAGGUGGUGGAGACGGGCUACGAUGACCUCAUCCUGACGGGAACAUCACCUAAAGCCGUGUGGGACCAGAUCCUGGACCCGGUCUCCCAGCUGAGGUCCUCCAGCGGGACUCUGAAGCUCUUCCCAGUUUACCUGAAAGGAGAAGAUCUGUUUGGUUUGACCACGUCGGCUGUGACCCGGAUCCUGGAGUCUUUGCCAGGUGUGGAGACCUGUGAGCGUUACACCUUUCGUUACGGCAGGAACCCUCUGAUGGAGUGGCCUCUGGCCUUCAACCCGACUGGAUCGGCUCGCUCAGAACCUAAAGCCUGCCAGACCAAGAGACCCACCCUAUUGACCAGCGUGGCUCCCCGGUGUCAGGGCUCCGUGGGCUCCAUCGUGGGCCUCGUGCCCGGCGUCAUCUCUCUGUCUCCGGGAGAGUCGGUGGCCGCCGCCCACCAGGGACGCCACUCCAAGUCGUCUCAGUACCGCCGCAUGAAGGCCGAGUGGAAGACCAACGUGUACCUGGCCCGCUCUCGCAUUCAGGGUCUGGGUCUGUACGCUGCCAGAGACAUAGAGAAGUGCACCAUGGUCAUCGAGUACAUCGGAACCAUCAUCAGGAGUGAAAUAGCAGAUCGCAAGGAGAGGCUGUAUGAGUCACAGAACCGCGGUGUGUACAUGUUCCGGAUCGACAACGACUUUGUGAUCGACGCCACCAUCACUGGAGGACCAGCCAGGUACAUCAACCACUGCUGUUCUCCCAACUGCAUCACCGAGGUGGUGUCGGUGGAGAAGGAGAACAAGAUCGUCAUCAGCUCCUGCAGACGCAUCCAGAGAGGAGAAGAGCUGUCUUACGACUACAAGUUUGACCUGGAGGACGACCAGCACAAGAUCCCGUGUCACUGUGGAGCCGUUAACUGUCGCAAAUGGAUGAACUGAGCUCUCUCUCUCUCUGGUGGUGCUGACGGAGCUCGAUCGCCCAUCACGCUGUGGGCGGAGCUUCAUAUCACAACUUAAUAUAAUAAAAUUAAUAAUAAUAGAGCUGAUCAGACGGGUUUGAUCAGAGAUAUUGAUGAUUGGAGGGGGGGAGAUAUAUAUAUGUAUAUGUAUAUCGGGUGGGCGGGGCUACAUGUGAUAGACAGAUGAGGGGGCGGGGCUACAUGUGAUAGACAGAUGAGGGGGCGGGGCUUAUGACGAGGCUGGUCCUCUGUGUGUAUAUUGUGUAUAAAUGACCACAGAUGUAAAUGUGAAUAAUAACGUUGCACUAUGAGACCGAAAACUACAAAAACACAACUCCCUCCUCCUCCUCCUCCUCCUCUUCCUCCUCCUCCUCCUCCUCCUCCUCCUCCUGCGUUCUGUUUAUUUCCUGUAUAUAUAAUCAGAGCUUUUUGUUGUUUUUGUAUUUAUUACUGAAUGAAGCUAUUUUCUAAAUCCGCGGUGAGUUCGAGGUCCGGCGUCGCAGCGUGUAAAUAUCUGUAUCAUAAAUCUAAAAGAAUAAAGUUUAGAGAGAGUUACCUUCACAUCCUCAUCCUCACCUUCAUCACCUGCCGAUCCUUCUGUUCCACUUCCUGUCCCGCUGCGUUCUGAUUGGACGGGGCAGGUUCUCUCACUGCGGCCUUGUGUUCAUUUCCCCCAGCGUUCUGGCUGCAGGCGUCUUUGUGUUGCGGGGGUCCUGCUGCGUGUACAUAUAUAUCUGAGGUUUAUCAGGACCCUGCUGACGUGUACAAGUCGACCACAUCACGCCUUGUUUUUGUUUUGUUUUUUAUUAUUAUUAUUGACGUAAACAGAGUGUGAUGAUGAUGAUGUUUGUUUUUUUUGUUUUUUGGGGAAAAUGUGGAAUCUGAUUUAGAAUCAUUUACAGAAAAUAAAAUAUUUUACAUCUUGAAGAA